AUGGCAGAUGCUACUUUUGACUGGAGUGAGACCACUCAGAGCUCACCCAAAGAGGUGGGGAUGUCUGGCAGUGACCCUAUAGGUGAAGAGAGGCGUGAGAGGUACUUCAUAUGGAAAAAGAAUGCGCCCCUGCUGUAUGACUAUAUUCAGACCACGUCUCUGUUGUGGCCCAGUCUUACAGUCCAGUGGUUUCCAGAUUUGGAGGAUGUUGCCGAUACAGAUUACCAGCAGCACCGUCUGUUACUCGGAUCACAUUCGAGCGGUUUUGCGAAAUGCGAAAGUCUCAAUUUGUUCGGACUGAAAACACUCAGAGAGACAACCAAGCUUGUAGAUAUCGCAGCAGACUACGAUCCGCUGAAAAAUGAGUUCAUUGUCAAGCGCGAUGACUGGCAUGCCACUAAGAUAUCACUGGUACAGAAGAUCCCUCAUAGAGGGGAGAUUAAUAGGGCCCGAUACAUGCCGCAGAAUCCAGACUUAAUAGCGACUAUCUCCAACAAUGGAGAUUUAUAUGUUUUUGAUCGCACCAAGAAACCAAACAACUAUACAGAGGAUGAAAUCAACGAAAGCGACGACUUCUCUGAUAUCAAGCUGGAGUUCCACCAAAGCGAGGGCUGGGGUCUUGAUUGGAAUAGACACAAAGAAGGAGAGUUGGCAUCUGCUUCUUCAGACGGUACGGUAGCUUUAUGGGACCUAACCAAGUUCAAGAAAAACACCUGUGAUAAAAAGCCAGCCCAGACGACUACCACUGGAGUUGAGUUUCAAAAACGCAAAUACAAGACUUCGACCCUUCAGCCUACCGAGACGGCCGCUGCCCACGAUUACGGAGUCAACUGUUUAGAAUACCUCUAUUUUCACCAAAAUCUGAUAGGAACAGUAGGGGACGAUAAAAAGCUGAAGAUCUUCGAUACCAGGGUUCGACUGAAUUGCGUCAAGGAGGACAAGCUGUCCGACUCGGCCAUCAAUGUGGUAUCCUUCAGUCAAGUGAAUGAAUUUGGCUGUGCUAUAGGAACCGAAACAGGAGACAUCUCUCUUCACGAUCUACGACAUAUGGAGGCCCCGGUGAAAACUGUCAACAAGUCGCACAACGGAGCGCUCACUUGCGCGUCUUGGAACCCGGAAAAUGGAUCAUUACUAGCAACUGGUUCGUCGGACGGUACUGUCAAACUAUGGGAUUGGUCUGGUGGCCCAGGUGAGGAACUGCGCUUUGUUCAUGGGGGGCAUAUGCUUGGUGUCAAUGAUAUUGACUGGAACCUGCACGACGCAAAUAUGCUAGUCAGUUGUUCCGACGACAAUUCUGUCCAAGUUUGGAAACCAGCUUCAACUAUUCUGUAA